AGGAGUGUCGUCCACUCGCGUACGCUACGUCGUCGGAGGCUUUCACUCUUCGUCGCGCCGUCGUUGUCGUCGUCGUCGUCGUCGUCCAUUUGAAUUGAGAGCCCGAUGAGGGCAUUUUCCUGGCCAAAGAUUAGCGGUAGCUUCGUAUGUCUAGACUCCUAGUGUAAGAGCACACAACUGCACAACAGUAAACGUUCAGCUUCAAUAGUGUCAUCGCGACUGCCUACGAGGAUCGUAUCAUUGGCAAAUCGCUCUAUCUCUCUCUGUCCAUCACUCCCUCUGCUCUGCCUGGCGCAUAAAAGGGGAUUUGCGCCAUGCCAGCGUACGCUGGGUUCGAUAGCUUCGCGUCGUCCCGCCGGACGGCCGAAUCGAUCUACUACAGCGCGAAGGACUAUGAUUCGGCCGAGGAGUCCGAGUACGUGCGGCGCGCAUCGAUCCUCGAGGACGCACCGACCACCAUCUUCAACAGACGAUACGUCGAUCCGUGGGAUAUGGAGAACUACGUGUACAUUCGCAAGCAAGUACUGGAACCUACGUCCGAGUCCGAGGUACCACCGUCACCGGCCGGUGAACCGAUACAGUCCAAGUUCUACUACGUACCGGGUGAGCUGAACGAGCUCGACUGUCAGGAGUGCUCGAGCGUCGAGCAGGACGAGUACGAUCCGGACUUUUCCGAGGCGGAGAUGGUACUGGAGCAUGAGCGGCGCCUUGCCGAAGAGGAAGCGCUAGGUGUAGAGCGGACACUAGCGGACGACGAUAUGCUCGAGCCUCGAGAGGUGGAUAAGGAGGACGAUCGCAUACAGGACGUAGGGGAACCGGGCAGCGAGCUAGAGGAAGGUGAGGAGGACGAGGAAGGAUUCUACACGGAACGGUACGACACCGUCAUGGACGAGGAUAGCAUCGCCGGAGAUGAACAUGUCUACAGCUCAUACACAGAUUUGGAAACUUCAGAAACGGAACAGCCAAGCUCGUGCGACAGUUCGAUGUCAGCGCUGCGACUCCAUACGCCCGGUUUCGGGAAGAGUGCCUCGAGCCGGCGACCGAUCGUCCUGCCGAAGCCUCUACCACAGCUGGAGUUCCCGGGACCACCAUCGUACGAGUAUUACGAGCCGAGCUGCUGCUAUAUGCCACUGCCAGCACCACCGCCACCGCCACCGCCACCAUCACAUCAUAUGGCCGGACCCGGGGGUCACUAUCAUCAUCAUCAUCAGCAUACCCACACGCACCACCAGCAUCCCGUUCCGAUCGGUUCGCCCAUGACCAUGGGACCACCGUCCCUGACUGGCACGAUCCUGUCCGAUCAGCACAACUACUACACGCUGAACGAUUGUCUCGAGUGUGCCCGGCAGGAGGCGGAACAUGUGCCGCUGUACGCGACCACCAGUACCACCGGUAGCCCGACCCGGCGACGGUCCCGCAGUGUCAGUGUCGUCAGCCAGAGUAUGAGCCUCGCUAGACGCCCCAGCCAGAUGCUGGAUCCGGCCACCGCCAUCGCGAUCGCAGCGACCAACGCUAAUGUAUGUUACACGCCGCAACAUUUCAGUCUAAGCAAAAAGGGUCUGCUGCAGAUCGACUACUCGUGCAACUGGAACAAUCUCGAUCGAUACAUUGCCAAGUGAAGAGCGGGAAUUCGAUCACAUCCCAAACCGAAUAUGUCCCCUCCGUUCUCCCCCCCCCCUCCCCUCCCCUUUUCCAAUCCAUCCCACAAUCAUUUGACUUGUUGCUCACUCCGAGGGGAAUCCGAAAAAAAGCAGGGUAGAAGAAGUAAGUUAAUUUAACUGCACAUCACGGCCACCGGGCCCCGUUAAUUUCGGGCGUAAUCGUAGGAUCGUGCGUAUGUUAUUUUAAUGCAUCGAGUGUAAACGCGCUGUGUAACGUGCAUGUGUAAAUACGACUAUGAACAAUUCUUA